AUGGUCUUGUCCUUUGGAAAAGAUGCGCAGACGGGAAACAAGAGGAUUGUGGAAGCCCUGGAGACGCUCCGCAGUAGGACGCAGACACUGUACGACGCUGUAAAGCCGGAGCCUUCCAAGCUUGGCAUCAUCGGAGCUGGAACGAUUGGUGCGAAAGCCGAAAAUGUUCGAAUGGGCAUCAACUCUGCUGCUGCGGCCAUCAAGGCCACCGCCAAGGACAAUGGUGGCAAGCUGUCUGACAAGGAAGCGCUGGAGAUCCAUGACUUCUUCCAGGAGAAGAUGAUCAAUCUCAUCCAGGAGACGUUGCAUCGCAUGAGCACGGUGCACUACAAGCGCUUCUGCGAGCUCGGAAUGGGCAUUCCUUCCGUCGUCAAGAUGGCGCUCGGUUGGUUCGUCAAUUCGGACAAGGCCUUCAUAGCUGCAUGGGAAGGCGCGGUUGCAGACGAGGCGAUCUUGAAGCAGGUCAAGGAGAUCAACACCCGGAUCUUGACCAUGUGCGAGGAGGCCCACGCCGCCUACGGUGGAACGAAGUAGGGUACCAAGACGCCUCGGCUCGGUCAUUUCCGUUUUCUGCUACCGCUAGACUCCGUGCUGCCGAAUUCUUUGUUUGCGGUUGGG